AUGGCUUUCGAAAAACCAGUCAAGACUUCCGCCUACUCGUCUAGAUUCCAGACCCCAUUCCGUAGAAGAAGAGAGGGUAAGACCGACUACUACCAGAGAAAGAGAUUGGUCGCUCAACACAAGGCCAAGUACAACUCUCCAAAGUACAGAUUGGUCGUUAGAUUCACCAACAAGGACAUCAUUGCCCAGAUUGUGUCUUCCCAGAUUGUCGGUGACAUUGUCUUGACCGCUGCUUACGCCCACGAGUUGCCAAGAUACGGUAUCAAGCACGGUUUGACUAACUGGUCUGCUGCCUACGCUACCGGUUUGUUGGUUGCCAGAAGAGCUCUCCAGAAACUCGGCUUGGACGAGACCUACCAGGGUGUCGAGGAAGUCGAGGGUGAGUACGAGUUGACCGAGGCUGUUGAGGAUGGCCCAAGACCAUUCAAGGUUUUCUUGGACAUUGGUUUGCAGAGAACCACCACCGGUGCCAGAGUUUUCGGUGUCUUGAAGGGUGCUUCUGACGGUGGUUUGUACGUUCCUCACUCCGCUAACAGAUUCCCAGGUUGGGACAUUGAGUCUGAGGAGUUGGACGCUGAGCUCUUGAGAAAGUACAUCAUGGGUGGUCACAUUGCUGAGUACAUGGAGGAGUUGAUGGAUGACGAUGAGGAGAAGUACAGACAGGUGUUCAAGUCCUACAUUGAGGAGGAGAUUGACCCAGAGGAUGUUGAGGAGAUCUACAUGAACGCUCACGAGAAGAUCAGAGAGGACCCAUCCUUCAAGCCAACUGAGAAGAAGCACACCAAGGAGGAGUACGCUGCUGAGUCUAACAAGUACAGAUCCAAGAAGUUGACCAAGGAGCAGAGACAGGCCAAGAUUGCCGAGAAGAUCGCUGCCUUCAAGGCCGAGAACUAA